GCUGGCUCAGCCGCUGCGGUGCGCUCGGUGCGGUGCGCUCGGUGUGGUGCACCUCAGCUGGGCCGCCGAAUUGCGGGGCAUGCACCGGGAGAUGCGCUGCCUUCAUCCCAGCCCGGGCUUCUGCCAGAAAGACAAGGGGACGGCGCACCUUCGGGCGGUGGGGGUGCGACGCUCCCUGCGAAGGAGCGCGGCCCCGCCGUGGGUCCCGCACCCGGCGGCAGCGGGAGCAGCAGCAGCAGCGGGAGGAGCAGCGGGAGCAGCAGCGGGAGCGCGGGCGGUGCCGCCCCCCGCCCGGCCCGGGGCCGCCAGGCACCGCUCCCCGGGGCGGCUCGGCGCAGCGUCCCGGCGGGCUGCGGAGCUUUUUGCGCCGUCUUUUCCCCAGCGCUGCGAAGCCGCCGUUCUGCAGCCGGGACGCAGCGAGCUCUUCCCCCCGCUAAGCAGUUAAUCAUCUGCUCGCAAUUAACCUGUGACCUCCCCCGCCCGCGGGGCAGCGCUGUCGCUUUAACGCGGGCGGUGGAAGCGGGGGGAGCACAGCCGUGCCAGGGUCGGCCCCGAGGCUGCUGCGGAUCCCUGGCUCUGCCCGGCCCCGGCCGCCCGCCAUGCGGAGCCGCAGCCUCCCCGCAGCCCUCCUGGCCGCGGCCCUCGCCGCCCUCCUGCCGCCGCCCGCCGCCCCCUCGGCCCACCGCAAGCUCCUGGUGUUCCUGCUCGACGGCUUUCGCGCCGACUACAUCGACGACAGCGAGCUGGAGGGUCUGCCGGGCUUUCGGGACAUCGUGAACAUGGGGGUGAAGGUGGAUUACAUGACCCCGGACUUCCCCAGCCUCUCCUACCCAAAUUACUACACGCUGAUGACAGGUCGCCACUGUGAGGUCCAUCAGAUGAUUGGAAACUACAUGUGGGACCAAAAGACAAAUGUAUCUUUCGAUAUCGGUGUGAAUAAAGAAAGCCUGCUGCCUCUCUGGUGGAAUGGAUCGGAGCCUUUGUGGGUCACAAUGAUGAAAGAAAAAAAGAACGUUUCCAUGUACUACUGGCCAGGUUGCGAGGUGGAAAUCCUCGGUGUCAGACCAAGUUACUGCCGCGAGUACUUCAGCGUCCCGACAGACAGGAACUUCGCAGAUGCCAUCAGUGAUGCUCUCGAGUCGCUGCGCAACGGCAGCGCUGAGAUGGCUGCGGUGUACUACGAGCGCAUCGACGUGGAAGGCCACCACUAUGGCCCUUCAUCCCAGCAGCGCAAGAAUGCUUUGAAGGAGGUGGACAAAGCCUUGAGCAACAUGAUCACCCUCAUGAAGAACAAGGGCCUUCAGCACGAUGUGAACGUCCUCCUCUUCUCUGAUCACGGGAUGACGGACAUCUCUUGGGCGGACAAAGUGAUUGAGCUGAAAAACCAUAUCAAUAUGAGCGAUACCAUACAACUGAAGGACCGAGGUCCUGUUGUGAGCCUCUGGCCAGCUCCCGAGAAGCACGCGGAGAUAUAUCAAAAAUUGAAAGCUGUGGAACACAUGCACGUUUAUAACAUACAGGAUAUUCCAGAAAGGUUUUUCUACAAAAAAGGAAAAUUUGUGUCUCCUCUAACUCUCGUGGCUGAGAAAGGAUGGUUCAUAGUAGAGAGCAGGGACAAGCUGCCCUUCUGGGAGAACGGGACGGGGAAGAAGGAGGCCUGGCAGAACGGCUGGCACGGCUACGACAACGAGCUCAUGGACAUGAGAGGCUUCUUCCUUGCGUACGGGCCAGAUUUCCGCUCCAACUUCCGAGCGCCUCCCAUCAGAUCCGUGGAUGUUUACAACAUCAUGUGCAGCCUGGCAGGAGUACAGGCACUGCCCAACAAUGGCUCCUGGUCCAGGGUGGAGUGCAUGCUCCGAAACACGGCCCCCUUGGCACCGCUCCCCCCGCGCAGCAGCUGCGCCCUGGCGCUAGCUUUGCUCUGCCUGCUCGCCGAGCAGAUCUCCUCACUCUGAUCCCCGAACAAUAUCGGUCAGUGUUACCAGCAUCUCCAUCCUUCUCUUUUUUUUUUCUUUUUUUAUUCUUUUUUUUUUUUUAAAAAAAAGUUCUUCAUUUGAAUAAUAGCUUCAUUAAUAGAGUGCUGUCCCCCACUCCUCCAUCGUGCUCCACCAGGCGUGAAUCUGACCCGUCCUGCAUUUACAGCGGUUAUGGCAUGUAGCCAGGUUUUGUGCUGGUCCAAACACAGCCAGGAAAGUCAGUGUCACAACUCCAGAUUUACGGCACUGGCAAUGAGAGCGGAAUCCCAGACGGCUAGCUGCAGCAUCUUCUGGUUGGGUGCAUGUGGGGAAUCUCUGAGCAUCAAACGCAUCUUACCGCAGCAUCCCUGACUGAGAAGCUCACUCUGGCUCCCAGUAUUGAGAAGCUCAGGGGUGGAGAUGGACCUCUAUGCAUUUAACUGGGUUCUUUCUGAGUCACUCCUUCAUCUCCGCCUCCAUCACCAGCAGAGCCCCCCACCUUCUCCUUACAGUGCCAGCCAAACCCUGGUUGUACCGACCUGGUCUUCAAAGAGCCGAGCGAUGAUAAUUGCAGAGAGGGGUGGAUUGGUGGGAGAGCAUCCUACUGCUCCCAGCCUUUCCUUCUUCACCUUCCCCAAAGCAAGCCCUGGCCCUGCACACCUCGAGGGCCAGGCUCUCCUCGCAGACCACAGCUCGGGAUGGGGAGGGCUGGGGACGGGGAGAGCAAUAGAAACCCUCCACUUCAGAAGCAGGAGGAAAGUGAAAAGGCAUCUGGACUCAAAGGGGUCAGGAGAAAGUAGGAUGAGGAAGCCUGCCUGGCAUUUAACAGCCUCUCUGCUUUUACUGGUGACGAUAAUUUCACCUGCUCAGGUUUUGGGGGUUUUGUGCCUAAUUGCAUUUCUGAAGGUUUUUCAGCACUUACUGCUUUUCUACCAGCUCUUGCUCUGCCCGGUUGAGCAGCACGUUUCCCUUUCUUCUGCAGCAGGGCAGAGGUCUGCACUGAUGGAUCUCCCACCCUCUCAGUCAAUCCCAGCCGGUACUUCCACCACGGGCUAUUAAGUCCAGGUUGUAACAGUAAAGUUGAAAUAGCAGGAGAGAGUAGAGCUGUUGUCAGAGGUGCCUCUGGGAGUGCUCCGCGCUUUUUCUGAUAUAGCUCUGAACCAGGAGCUUUCAGUGACAAACUGCUUUUGGAAGGAUUUAGGUCCCUCCCCAUGCAAAACAAACCUCUAGGACUUUGUAUUCCUAUGGAUCUAGAGUCAAGCACGAUCUGGGUAUGGGUGGUACAGUGCAUUUAAGGGUGAAUGAUUAUACCAUGGAAAAAAAACCCCACAACUGAACACCAAAUUAAACUUGACAAAAGACUUUUGUAAUAGCCGUAAAGAUUUAUGUAAUGUGUUUUUAAAGCUCAAGUGAACCAUCAAAUCAAUUGGGGAAAAAAAGGGAGAAAAUCAGUCUUUGUUAUUAGACUGUUGAGUAUAAAAGGCAAUUUAGUGCUUUCAAAGCAUUUGCAGUAGCUGUAAAACAAGCACCUAUUGUUCAGAGUUCCCUGUUGCUCUUUAAUGGACCAGGCUCAAUGAAUUCACUGGAGCACAUUUUUAAAGCAAAAAAAAAAAAAAAAGAUCAGCAUACAAGAUAACCAACUGACUAAAUUACCAAGUUUUGUUUGAAAAUCAACAGGAUAGAUACAGUCAGUGCCUGAUAAUCCCGCCACAGCCUGCCAUUUGAACUUUUAGUGAAGAGAACCCAAGGUCCUUUUACAGAAGAAAAGAUACUACAAGUAUAAGGGUAUAUUCAGCUUCUCAAUUAUACAAGCAGAAAUUGGAAAUAUCAAAUCAGGUCCAUUGAGUUGUUCCAAGGAUGGGCCAUGAUACAUGAAAGAAACGUUGAUCCUUGUGAGUACUUUGUGUAACUCAUUUUUGUCAGUGUCCAGAUGCAAAUACUACAGAGUAAAUCUAACUGAAGUGUGAUUUGUUUGACCUUAAUGCAAGCAUCGUGUGUAUGGCAGUACACUGCAAAAAUUACUUGAUCUGUAAAAGGGGAAUUUGAUGGCAGACCUACAAGAAGCUCAUUAGCUUCAGGAGAACCACAGCUGAUUAUUUUUUGAGAAGUGCAUCCUUCUUCCUCAGAAGUGUUGCACCUUUGAAUCAGUUCACAUUCUCAUUCAAAAAUUAAGUGUCUUGAAUUGCCUAUUUUUCUGUAUACUAUGCAAAGGAGGUGGGUGUAUUUUAAAACCUGUUUCUGAAUGAUGUUUUUAUACAAUGAUUGUGAAUGAGUGAAUAAUUCUAAGAAUGGUGUUAGAAAAAACAUAUGCAUCUUUUUGUAAAUACUGUAAGAUUUUUGGAAAAAAACGCCACCACCCCUGUAACACCUUGCCUUUCUUGUUUGAUUGCUGCAUCAAAGUGUGAUAAACAGUGUUUGAAGCUUGUGCUGAUUAAUCAUCAGAAAGAUGAAUGAUAACAUUGUUUAGAAAUGGCAAAGUUGUCAGCAUGUAAAUUAGGGACAUUAAAUACAUCACACGAGA